UUAAGUGGCUUAAAUCUUCUGUGGAAAAACGAACAAGGGAAAGAUAAGAACUUGUAAGAACUCAGACACAAAAAAAAAAACAAAUGGAUCCUCAGUCCCAAACAAAUAUCCGACGCAGAACUCAGUUACUGUCCGAACGUGUAACUCCAAAGCUUCUGAGAAAAUCAGCGGCUUCGAAAUCAUGCUGCAUAUUCAGGGUCCCUCAAAGCUACACACAGCUCAACCCCAAAGCCUAUGAACCCAAGGUCGUUUCCAUAGGACCUUACCAUCGCGGCAAAGGUCAUCUCCAGAUGAUUCAAGAACACAAACACCGGUUUCUCGAGGUCUUUGCAUCCACAGCUCAAGAAUCUUGGGGUGUAACUCUGCAAGAUCUGAUCGAUUCGGUCUCGGAUCUCGAAGAAGAUAUAAGGGAUUCUUAUUCAGAGGAUCUUUCGGGUUUCAACAGGGAGAAUCUGAUCGAUUUGAUGGUCCUCGACGGUUGCUUCAUCCUCACGUUAUUCCUCGUCGUGGCUAGAAUACUGGAUAAGCUCGAGUUCGACGACGAUCCGAUCUUCAAAACUCCAUGGAUUAGGGUUUCCAUUCAAAACGACCUUCUCCUCGUCGAAAACCAGAUCCCUUUCUUCGUCCUCCAGACCCUCUCCGCCACAUCGAAGCUAGUCACCUCGGAGGGUUUAACCGAGAUCGCGUUCGUAUUCUUCAAGUACGCGAUAUACGAGCUCUUAGAAUUCUGGCCAAAUCACCAAACCCUCAAGCCAAAACAUCUUCUUGAUCUGAUUCGUCUAAGUUUCAUCCCGAUCCCGACUCAAGCACCGACCUCUAGGCGCACCCGUCCUAUCAUCGCAUCUGUCUUAUCGGCGAAACAGCUACAACGACCAGGAAUGGACAUCAAACGAAGGUUAAACCCGAACGGUCUAUUGGACAUAAGACUCGAAGACGGUGUUCUUCAGAUACCGAGAAUAGCAGCGAACGAUUUCUUCAUCUCGAUCUUGCUAAACUUUGUCGUCUUCGAGCAGGUCUAUGCGCAUACUUCCGAGCAUAUCACGAGCUACGUUAUAUUCCUGAGAAGCCUGAUAAUCGAGGAGGACGAUGAGACGUUACUAAAGCAGAGAUUUAUACUGUCGAACUAUCUAAUAACGGGGGAUGGGAUCUCGCGGUUCAUGAAGAGUAUCAGCCAAGACAUUAGGCUCAACAUAGAGGAAUGCUACUUGUUCACAGUGUUUGAAGAAGUUACGAAGUAUACCUUCUUUCAGCGGAGAGCGAAAUGGGCGAAAUUCAAGCAUGAUUACCUUCAGGGCCCGUGGUUUUCGCUGUCGGUCAUCCUUCUGGUGCUUACGACGGUCCAAACCGUAUUUACGGUGCUGGCUUUCUUCAUUGAUGGUAAAAAGGCUAACAAGGGCCAAGUGUGAACACACCUAAUCUGUUUCAGCGUGUUUUUACAUCUUAAAAUAACAUUACAUCUCUUGGACUUGUGUGGGCUCUUCUGUAUGUUCUUGUUAUGUGUAAGGGUGGAACAAAGAGUCAAAAGACAUACCUCCACUAAGUGAGGAACAUAGAUUCUUGGAAGAAUUAUGCUUCAUUCUGUUCAGAGAGAGAUAGACUGUACAUGUAAAAGGGUAGAUAAAUUACUCAUCUUUCUGAA